UGUGUGCACACUCGUGCAGUGCACUGGCACUUGCUGGGCUUAAUGCUUUACCUGAGACACAACAUUGCAGAUGACGAGACUCAGUUCUUGGAGGACACGAUCCUUUGCCCUGGCAGCAAAGGCAGGAGAAUAAGAGCAGGCCUAGUAAAUAAGCUAAGUGCAGUAAGUGUCAGGUACAAAAACAUUGCUCUUGCUUGAUGAAAACGAAAAGGAAGUUAUUUUAGAAGGAAAGAAUACAUCUGAGAAACAAGAUGUCUCAUGCUGGGAGUCGAUACCAAGAUAAGCAACACCGGCACCAUGAGAACCAUAGAUCUGACAGAUACAAGGAAGACAGAAGAGCAAGAAAACCAUACCCACACAAUGCAAGAGACAUCCGAGGUGGCCAGCACUCAAGGACUUCUCCUGUUUGCUCAGACCCUUACUCUAAAACCUCAGGAGCAGCACACGAGUAUUUUGGCCCACCACCAGAGUUUUAUCCUCCCAAGGAGAGCUUCUCAAUGAAGUGUUCAAAGUUUAGCAGAGGGGUGACCGAAGCUGCAUUGAACUGUGCCUUCAGUCUCUGGGGAAUGCCAAAGCUGCACUGGCAAGAGAUUUCUCCCUUUGGGAUCCUUUUCAGGAGUGACUGCUGCUUUUGCAUUUUGAAGUUCGUGGAAAUCACGGUUAACCUCCUGGUGCUGAUUUGCGUGGGCGCUUCCCAAGCCUCCGUUGCAGGCUUCACGUCCCUCGGAGGUUUUGGAUCCUUUAACCUGAAUUCAGCCUACAGCCCCUUUGAGGGCACGGAGCUGCGGGAGGUGAGGGAGCUGGACACGCAGUUCACCCAGAUGAGAGCCCCUUGCGUGUACGGCGGAGUGGCCUUCAGCUUGACAGCGGCCACGCUCACCCUCGUCUUCCUCGUCGUGGGGGCAAAACCCAUCCAUCAGCUCCGGACGGGGCUGCUGCUAGGUGAAUGUGCCUUCAGCCUGCUGGCUGGCCUGGCGUACGUGGCGGCCGUGGGGCUGUACCUGCACUUUGUCAGGCAGGUGAACGCCACCGAGGUGUGCAGGAGGCGCGAGCGGCUCUACGCGCGCCGUGGCUACACCUCCAUGAACUGCGACGUGCAGGGCGGCGACGCGGCCGUCGGCCUCUUCGGGGUCGUGGCUUCCUGCCUGUACUUUGCCAGCUUUGUGCUCUGCAUCCUCGCUAUCCGCACCGUCCGGGCCUUCCGGAGCCACGUGGCCAAGGCUCAGCACAGCCCCAAGGGCAGCCUUAGAGACAGAAGCGUCAGAAACCAACACACCGCACACAGGAACUCUGAAAGCUCCCACAACGUCCAGGCUCUCGCCACGUUAGUGUGAAAUCAGCUCUGGGACUGUGCCAGAGAGCUGAGGCUUCAGCAAAGGAUGGACACUCACAAACAGGCAGCCAGCCCACAGUAUAUUUUCCUGCAAGGUGCUGAAGUGUGCAUUGAAUCACCAAUUGCAACCAUACUGCUACAACACGAUGUAAUAAAAUCGACAUUGAGUGACUGUUUUAACAAGGAUUUCUGCACCGGUCUCUCAAGCUGGACUCCUGCAUUUAAAAUGUUUUUCAUUGUAAUGUUUUCAUCCUGCACAGAGCAAAUCCAAACAGCAGUGGGCUUUUAACAGGUUACAACUGCGUCGCUGCCAAACUUGAGCUAACAACCACUUCUUUCCCUCUCCCCUGACAUAGGGAAUUGAACACACAGCUAGGAUGGGCAGCUUUCAACAGAUCCUCUGUCUGUUGUGUGUCCUGUUCCUUUAUCCUACAGUGCUCACAAAGCAAAGAGCACCCGAGUGCUUCUCUGAAUCCUGUCCGAAGUUACACUUGUAACCUUUCUUGCCUGGGCUAGUGAAGCGUUUUAUCUUUGGAGUCACGGGGGUUUACUCAGGCCGAUCAUGUGCUCCCUGAGGAAUGCCGCUGGGGGAACUAGCUGCAAUGUCAAAGGCAGCAUUCAGGGCCCUUAUCCAGUUUCCUACUAGGUUUUCCCAUCUGACUGAGCACAGACCAGAACCUGAGAGGCAUCACGCUGGUCAGGUAUCAGCUCAGUAAAGACACCAUUUGUUUCUGUAAGCACCUAAACGAGGUUUGGCUUGCUGACUCCACAGCCAGUAGUGGGCAGAGCCUGAAUCAGGAACAUGCUGCCUGUCCUGGGAAUGCUGUAACAAUGACAGAAAGUACAUGUAUCCUUCCAAUAUCUAAACAGGCAAAGCAUGAGUGAACAGCAGUAAUUGUAUGCCCCAGGGCUGAGAAAAUAAAUUUAAGAGAACAUCUUUCAAGAGUCCUUUGUUUGAGGCAGAUGAAACAGAUCACUGGUCCUCAAAGAGGAGGGAGUGGGAGAAAGAAAAGGCUGUUCUUCAAGUGCAUAAGAUCUGUCAGCUUGAGAGGAGGGAAAGCUCUGGCCGUUUUCAUUCUUUUCAGUUUUGUCUGGCUCACAAUCAUUGCCCAGAUGAGACUUUUCUGAACCAAAGUAGAGCUUGUUCACUGCAUACUUCAUACAUACACGUAUGUAUACACACACACAGAGAUCUCAAAGGAUUAUGUUUGAGGCCAAACAAGAAAGUGUUAUGGUUCUGAUUAGAAGUGAUUACAUGAGCCUUUCCAAUAAGUACCAUUUAUGUAAUUCCUGAAACAUCUCUUUAACACUUUGAACACCAAAAAGCUCCAAAGCAAUAUUGUACUUAUGGAGAGACAGGAAUAGAGUUUUUCCAAACUGGCUAUGACUCACAGUCAUCAUGGAGUCAGGAAAUUAGGACUUUGAUUUCUAGCUCUUUGCCAAAGCCCAGACCUUCUCUGGUAUGCUGUAAUCAGCUACAAAGUCUGUUCCAGGGAUGUCUGGCAUGCAGCUAAAGCUGCAGCUGACCACUUGUUGGGCAUCUCUGCCUGCACUCCUGUUCUGUGCUACCUCUACAUCUUGCGGAGUUUGAAAGCAGGCUUGGUUACACAAUGACACACUGUUAUUAACUUACACAAACAACACAAAAGCAGCACCUUGAAGUGACAAAUUCAAAAGCUUAGGAAAUGUUGCAGGUAAGAAUGCAUGAAUUUAAAUUGGUCCUUAAAUACAUGCACAAUAUGAAUUUUAAUCUCAGGGCUUCUUAUUCUGUCCCAUUCAUUUUGGGAUGCUUGCCUGCCAUCACUGUGUAAAAGCAAUAAUCUUCUUCGUA